GGAUUCCUUUUGGAAAAUGCCAAACCGGAGGUUUGCGGAUGGCGAGGUGGUAAUGGGCCGUUGGCCAGGAAGUGUCCUGUACUAUGAAGUGCAAGUGACUAGUUAUGAUGAUGUUUCUCAUCUUUAUACUGUGAAGUACAAAGAUGGGACUGAACUUGCAUUGAAAGAAAGUGAUAUAAGAUCCCAGUCAUCAUUCAAGCACAGGAAGAGCCAGUCUUCUUCAAGUUCUCCCUCCAGAAGGAGUUCUAGCAGAUCUAGGUCUAGAUCUCCUGGUCGGCCAGCAAAAGGCAGACGUCGUUCUUCUUCCCAAAGCAGAGAACCUAAAGAUGACAAAAAGAAAACCAUUUCAGAAACCAGCUUGGCUCCACUGGCAUUGAAACCAAGUGAGAACAACACAAGAAGGUACAAUGGUGAACCCGAGAGUACAGAAAGAAAUGACACGUCCUUCGUAAUCUCAGAGCAAAAGUUGAAACCAGACCUGGAAAUAGCGCGUGUGCUUGAACAGUACAGCUUGCGUCCAAGAAAAGAAGAAAAGAAAAAAGAAGAGAUAUAUUCAGAGAAAAAGAUUUUUGAGACAAAAAAAGUAAUUGAGAAAGCAUCAUUAAAAACAAUUGAGAAAGCACCAUCAAAAACAAAGGAGCUAGAGUUUGGAGGAAGAAUUGGGACCUUCACGCUGAUAUUUUUCAUGCCUGCUACUGUACUCUACUUGCUAUUGAUGUGCAAACAAGAUGACCCCAGUCUUAUGAACUUCCCCCCUCCUCUCCCAGCACUUGAAAGUCUUUGGGAGGCAAGGGUGUUUGGUGUUUUUCUUCUGUGGUUUUUCCUUCAAGCUCUGUUCUACUUACUGCCAAUUGGAAAGGUUGUAGAAGGCGUGCCUCUUUCAAAUGGAAGGAAACUGCAAUACCGGAUAAAUGGGUUUUAUGCUUUUGUUUUGACUGCUGCAGCUAUUGGAACUUUAUUAUACUUCCAAUUUGAACUUCAUUAUCUGUAUGAUCACUUCCUGCAGUUUGCAGUGUCAGCUGCAGCUUUUUCCACGGUGUUGAGCAUUUAUCUGUAUAUUCGGUCCCUGAAAGCACCCGAGGAAGAACUGGCCCCAGGUGGAAAUUCUGGGUAUUUUGUUUAUGACUUUUUUACUGGACAUGAAUUAAACCCUCGUAUUGGCAGUUUUGAUCUCAAAUACUUCUGUGAGCUGCGUCCAGGAUUAAUUGGCUGGGUUGUUAUAAACUUGGCAAUGCUCUUGGCGGAGAUGAAGAUACACAAUCAAAGCAUGCCAUCUCUGUCAAUGAUACUUGUGAACAGCUUUCAGCUUCUGUAUGUGGUGGAUGCUCUUUGGAAUGAGGAAGCCGUUUUGACUACAAUGGAUAUUACCCAUGAUGGAUUUGGAUUCAUGCUUGCAUUCGGAGAUCUGGUGUGGGUUCCAUUUGUCUACAGUCUGCAGGCCUUCUAUUUAGUUGGUCAUCCUACUGCAAUUUCUUGGCCUGUUGCUGCUGCAAUCACAAUUCUGAACAGUAUUGGCUAUUACAUAUUCCGUAGUGCAAACUCCCAGAAAAACAGUUUCCGAAGGAAUCCAGCAGAUCCCAAAUUGGCCUAUCUGAAAUCUAUACCCACUGCAACUGGGAAAGGGCUUCUUGUCACAGGCUGGUGGGGUUUUGUUCGUCACCCGAACUAUCUCGGUGAUAUCAUCAUGGCUCUGGCGUGGUCCCUCCCCUGUGGUUUUACUCACAUUUUACCAUAUUUCUACGUUAUCUAUUUCAUCUGCUUGCUUGUUCAUCGAGAAGCUCGUGACGAACAUCACUGUAAGCAGAAAUACGGCUUGGCAUGGGAAAGGUAUUGUCAGCGUGUACCAUACCGCAUAUUUCCUUACAUCUACUAGAGCACUCUAGAUGCCUGAUUUGCAAAUUCCUUCUAAAGUUAGUUUCUUUGCAAAUAAAAAUAUACCUCUUACCUUUGCACUUGGUCUGUUUGUUAUUUAGGCUUUUAAAAACAAACAAACAAAGGUGACCAAACAGUGGAGUGCAUCAACAGCUAUUUACAAGUAAUCUUAAAAUGUGAGUUGUGGGAACUGACUGUCUGUGACUUCAAUUUUUACCAAAAUUGUGAAUUUUAGAAAGUCUUGGAGCCCUGAUCUUUCAAGUUAAAUUUUAUCUAGAAUCCUAAGUUUACAUUUUUAUUGCAUUUAAUUAAGCACUGUGAUGUAAAGUAUAUUAUUUUCUUAAUACAAUAAAUAUCAGAAAUUCCAUCCAGUUCAUUUUUUACUGUUGCUUGUACCAUCUAACUUCAGCUGUCUGACUUAGUUGCCUGAACUGAAGGAGCAGCAGGGUCUUUUGGUUGGUGGAACUGGGAGCAGAGGAUUUGACCCAUGUGAGGGGCCUGUGCUAUUGCCAGUGCUGCCCUGCAGCCACGGGCCAGAGUUGGCACAGCUCAGCUGGGUGCUUGUCCCCCUCCUGGCUUUUCAUUAAUGGGAUUUUUUGGUCAGGGAGGCUCAGGUGACCCCUGUACCUGCAGGAGAGACAAAGGGAUGGGAUGGGAGUGGGAGGAGAAGUAAAAGGGCACAAUCAUCCCAUCCCAUCCCUGCAUUCUUGAGGCAGUUUCAGACCAAGGGGGACUCCUGGCAGCCCCCCUGACCCUAGAGAGAAGCCAUGCUGCUGGCUCAGGCUCCUGAAGGUAGAUGAUACAAACACUUGUUCCAGCUGUGGGCAGAGCUGUGGAAGCGAGUAGCAGACCCUACUCCUGCAUCCAGUGGUGAGCACAGGGUAGCAAAAGGUGCAGGAAAGAACAAAAUGACCACAGUUGGCUGCUUCUGAUCUCUGUAUAUGUCUUAAUGUACCAUAGCGUUUACCAUGUGUGUAUAAUAGAGCUUCCAUGUUUUUGCUGUACAGUCUUUCUGGAUUUGAAAAGGCGAUAGCUUUGGGGUUUUUUAGGAAUAGGAGAUACCAGUAACUAAACCCAUUUCCAGUACUUUUUAAAAAUAUGCUCAUUGAAGAAAAAAGGUUUUGUAAAUUAAUGUAUUAAUUCUGAAACCAAUUGAAGUGGUCACUGAAAUAUUUGUAUCGAAAGAGAUGCUAUGAAAAUGUAGGACAUGCUCCUCAAUCCAAAGUUGGGUUUUUUUUCCUUUUAUUUUAAUUUGGCAUCGCUACCUCAUAUGUAGGUUUUGCCUUUUGUAUUGUUGCGGAUAGAGAAAAUGGCUAUUUUUUGCUAUUGCUAUUUAAAACAACGUUUUUUUACAUGAGCCUGUGGUUAAACUCAACCACUUCCUAAUAUAUUUUUGUAUAUAUUUGACUUUUUAACUAAUGUAUGUGUUCUAGUUACUACUAGCCGUGGUCUCUGGCUAACUGGCUGUAAAUCGGAUGCCUUCGCAGUAUUGACUUCAUAAGUAGAAUAAUUUCACUGAAAUAAUCUUGCAUUAACUAACUUUUAUUGUCAUCACACUGAGAGCUUUUCACAGACCUCCAGCAGAAGGUUGUAUAGCACAAAGCGUCCAGAACAGCUUAGUAGAAUCUUAACUCCAAUGCAUGUACUUGUGUGCUUGCAGGAAGGUUCCUAAGAAAUGGGAAUGUUGCUGUUACUCAUCAGUUAUUUUCAGUUCUUUUAAAAUGUUGAUGUAAUUGAAAACUAUCACGUGAUUUUUUAAAAUAAAAGAACCCUCUAUUUUGUACACAGGCAUCUUUUUAAGGAGAAUUGUACAUUUGAAGUGUAAAUAAUGUAGCUUGGUUGUGACAGUUGCCUCCAAAAAUCUGUAAUGGUGGUGUUGUAAGGGAAAUGUUUUAAGACAAGUACUUUGAUUCCUGCUCUGAGAUAGCAGUGCCUGUAACAAGAGUGAGGAGCUGUCACUCCUGUGCAGUAGCAGAUUAAACUGGGAUAUGCUGCCCGGUGGAUUGAUGGGAAACAACGGAUCAAUCAUCCAGAUGCCCCAGCCUGCAGCUGGUGGUUCAAAGUGUAUGGAUGGGGGGGCAGUUGAACCCCUCACUCUGCAAAGCAAGAGGUGCUGCUGCCAUCCCAGUUUUAUCUGUUGCCACACAAGGCUGUUGAAAUGUAACGCGGAGCCCUUGUCUUUCAGAAACAGAUUGUGAGCAGUGGUAACUUCCCUCUAUUUACAUGCUGAGUUUUAUGUGAAUUUGAUUUUGAAGUAAUUGUUUUUACUACAAACAAGUCUAUAAACUGAAAUAAAGCUUUUGCUUAAAAUUUA